UCAUCCUCAUCCUCCAAAACUCCAAAAACAGAUAAUAAUUAUAUUAAAAAAAAAUCUCUCCCUUCAAUUUUCCCUUUCAACCAUGGCGAAAACUUGCCUUCUUUUGCUCUCAAUCUUCAUCCUCUCCGUCGCCAUUACGGCGAAUUCCGCUUCCCCAAGAACCUCCAAAGCCUCAAAGUACGUGACAUCAUCAUGCAGCACCGUGACGUACCCCCAACUCUGCGUCCAAUAUCUCGGAGACUACUCCUCCAAGAUCCAGAACAACCCGCACCAAAUGGCCCUCACCGCGCUAUCGGUCUCCGUCAACGAGGCGCAGUCGGCGAAGACCUUCGUGACGAAGCUGGGAAAGUUCAAGAACCUUAAGAAGAGAGAGUACGAAGCGAUCGUGGACUGCUUGGAGGAGAUUCAGGACGCCAUUGAGAGGCUGCAGAAGUCGGUGAAGGAGAUGAAGGACAUGAACAAGUACAGAGGGUCGGACUUGCUGUGGCACAUGAGCAAUGUGCAGACGUGGGUCAGCGCCGCCGAGACGGACGAGAACACCUGCCUUGAUGGGUUCUCCGGGAAGGCCAUGGACGGGAAGAUCAAGUCGUCGAUUAGGGCCAGAAUCCUAAAGGUUACGCAGCUCACGAGUAACGCGCUUGCUUUGUGUAAUCAGUUUGCUGCCAAGAAGCACUGAGACAGACGAGAUCGAUCGCUUUCGCUUUUGGUGUGUGUGUGCGCUUUUUGAUCCAGUUUAUGUAUAUUUUUUUUCCCUUUUUUUUUUUUUU